UUAUUUAUUUUUUUGAUCGCACGAAUUCGCAACUAGAGGAUUUUGUCUAAAUAGAAGAACGUAGGUCCAAAUAGUAGUUCGAAGUAAACUUUUUAUUGAUUGAAAUGAUUGAAUGUAUGAACUGUCUAGAAAAAUACCGUGGAAUUAUCUUCAUACUAAGACGUGUAAAAUAUGACAACAUUCUGAGAUAUCCAUAGUUGCAAAAUAAACUAAUGUCUGGGGAAGUAGGAUUUAGUUGUGAUCAGAGAUUUGAGACUCUUAAGUGUAAACUGUGUAGUUUUGAAACAGAUUUCAAGCUUAUUUUGCAUUACCAUACCAGAAAAGUCCAUCACGAUUUAAAUAAAAAUACAGGAGUUUGUAGAAAUAUUGCAAAAUACAAAUGCCGCAAGUGCCAUUUUGCCACCUAUUCAGUAUUACUGUGGUUCAAACAUAAUGUUAGAAAAAACUUGGAUAUUAAGGAAUUUACUAAAGUUUAUAGAUUUGAAUGCACUUAUUGUCCAUUCAAAGCUGCACAGAAGGUGACAUUACAAUUCCAUAUCCUUAACAGACACACUCCAUCUGAAGAAAUUAAAUGGUUUCAAUGUGAACAUUGCGAUUAUAAAACUAAACUAAAACCAUCAUUAAUUAGACACAUCAAUUUAAAACACACACUUAUUGAUGAAUCACAGUGGUUCAGUUGUGAUUUGUGCAAUUAUAAAACACAACAAAAACGGUAUCUAAGAAGCCACAAAGUUUACAAUCACUCGCAAGAUAUGCAAGAGUGUACGCAAUGUACAUACAAAACAAAAAAUCGACGCCAUCUGAAAUGUCAUGAAUUAAGACAACAUACGACCCUUAAUGACGUCCAGUGGUACAAUUGUGAGCACUGCACCUACCAGGGGAAAUUCAAAUCAAAUAUAUCAAGGCACAUGCGAUUACGACACGCAGAAAAAACUUUGAAAAAGAGAAAAGAGUUCUCUUGCACCUUGUGUCCUUACAAAACCUUAUUGAAAUCUUCGCUUAAAAGACACGUCGAAGGGCUCCACACUGCACCUGAAAAUAUCCAAUGGUUUGAAUGUGAUCAAUGCGACUACAAGGGCAAAUGCAAAAGAUAUUUUAAACUUCAUAAAAAAAUGCAACACUCGGAUGCCAGCGUUAAGAAGUUCACGUGCGAUAGCUGCCCCUUUAGGACAACAACUCAGGUGGCGUUGAAAAAACAUAUCGCAAGAAGACACCCUUCAGGGAACUUGUUACAUGAAUGCCCUCAAUGUUUUUUUACGACGAGGUUUCAAGCAUUUCUGAAGCAGCAUAUAAUAAGGCAACAUACUGACGCCGAAAAAAUAGAAUGGUUCAAAUGUUUUCAAUGUGAUUACAAAGGAAAAUUCAAGGGAGAUUUGCUUAGACAUAUUAGAAGGGUUCAUAGAAGUGUUGAGGUUAAGACGUUUAGUUGCGAUUUGUGUGAGUACAAAUCAAAUAGAACAGAUAAUCUUAAAAGACAUAAAUUUAGUGUACAUUUCACAAAAACAGAAGUGCUGUAAAUUUGUGUUUCGUUUUUAUGUUUUUUGAAUUGUUUGUUCCAUUUUGAUAUCUUUUUUUUAAGUACUUUAUUAAACUUUGUUGACAAACUAGAGGUGCAAAAUAGAAAAAUAAUUUUAGUUUUUCAAUAAUUAUGCUGGCGCAUCCACCAUUUUUAUUGUAAAUAAAAAAAUGUAACUCGUAAACAAUUUGACUUAUUUUUUAACAAGAAUUUCGUACAGGAAAUCGCUGACGAUUUAUAUUCUGUCUAUGAAGUAUUUAGGCUAUAAUGUGCACAAACUUAAACAUGAAAUCUCAAAAUUAGCAUCUACUUUAAAAAAAUACAUAUUUAAUAAAACCAGUGCAGUGAAUUAAGAAAACGUAAAAUCAGACAAAAACGUUAAUUUGAUUUGUUUAACAGAGAAAAACAUUUUCCUGUCUUUUUCAACGUUUCAUAUUUUAGAAAAAUAAAUGAACCGUGGGUACUUUGAAUUGAUCUGUUGCCUUUUUAUUGGUGUUCCUUACUAUUUUCACAACUUAAUGAUGAGUUUUAUUAUUAUUAUUUUCAUACAAUGCAAUAUGUCUAUGUAUAUUGCAUUACAUUCGUCAAAUAUAUAAUUGUUUAGCGACCUUGAAUAUUCAGGUUUAGUAUUGUAUAAUUUGUGAUUAUAAAUUAAUAUUUGAUUUUGUCAAUUUUUGUAUCAAUUUCCGCAUUUUUAAUAGAAUAAAAUUGAAAAAAG